UAAUGCUUUGUUUUUGUUGUGUGCGUGGUUUAACACGCACUUUGCUUUUAUUUGUAAACAAUAUUAUGUUUUUAGAUAUUAUAAUGGAAUGUUAAUGGAAGUUCGGUCAUAAAUAUUGUUUUACAGGUAACUUUGAAAAGUGUUUAUGUUAUAUUAAUAAAAUAUGUAUUAAAAACUCCCAUAACGUACCUACAUAUUCGUAUUAGGAAAUAACACUGCCCUCAUAAGAUUACGAAAACAAGGUUGGUGAAGAUUUCAAAAUUCCCGACUACAAUAAGAUGACCUAAAUGAGGAGAUUCAUUUUAUGAAUUUUCUCAUUUAGUUCAGUGGAAGUCCUUGUAACAGUUAGAUACUUUACAUUAUAUAUAAAUGGCAUGAUUAAAAAGUUUCGAAAGUAAUUAAAAGUCAAUUACCUAAUAGCUGAUGCUGAUUACUUAACAAUAAUAUAAUUGAUCAUUUGGUUCGACUAUACUCGUUGGAAUUCUUGUUGUGUUUUUGUUUCGCAAACACAAUAAGAUGUAUUUCUAGAUUAUACUACAGUUUCUACACAUUCUAACCUUCAGUUUUGUUAUAGUUUCAUUGGAUAAAUUACUUUACAAUUUCUUGAAACCUUGUAAUUUUUUACCAUCUCACGAGAAUGCCGUAUAUAUUAUUCGUAUGUCGCUGUUUAUCGAGUGCUAAGUCGCUAGUCCAAACUCUACACGUCGUAUUCGGGCCGCAUGCUUAAUAUUCAUUAUAUAACGAACGCUCGGCGUUCGGUCGCCGCCGCCGCCGGUUGCUUUCACUCAGUCCGCUUUUAAUUACGAACAUGAUUGUGUUCGUUCGCUUUUAUUUACUCAACUGUUUUGACUGUUAAAAGAUAAAUGAAAUACGUGAAGCGCUACAUGGCUGUCCUAUCUUAUCGGAAACACUCUAUUGAUCACUCAUCAUUAUAUCGCGAACGGUUCGCCUUAUACGGACGACCUGACUACCUUUAUUGUCCAAUUUAACGUGUAGACGUGUACUCUUUUAUAGGCGCGAUGUUACCGGUGAAGUCAUAAUGUGUGCCGUAUAAAAAUAGAAAUACAGUGUUUGCAGGAAAAUAGUAUCAAUAACAAAAGUGUUGUGGUUUGUUAUCGAACGGAAAUGGCGGCUAAAUCGCCUACAGCUAGUGUGAAGUCGCGGGAGAUGAUAGGCGGUGACCAGUUCAGUCGACGACGCGAAGUUUUCGAAAAGCACGACACCGUGUUUCUGCCCCUACCUUCCCCGACCGCGUUGACACCGACCUACAAGGAAGUCGAUCCCAUCAUAACGACCAACCACGGAAUAACGACGUCUAAUUUUAAACGCAAUACUGUCGGGUAUUCCAGUAUGCGUGAGACGAGAAGCGAAGAUCGAAACUAUGAUUACCGACCGCGAAAAUAUUCCGACAAUUUUACAUCGGAUCUCAAUCAGAGCGAUGAUGUUGAAUACAAAUACAAUAUGGCCGAAAGGACCAGACGAUUAUCGAAGUUGCGACGGGAUUUCUUGAAGUCGAAUAUACAUGAACCCGGAGAGAAUACAUUCACUAGAAGCGGUGUCCGCGCUUCCCUUCCUACUACUAGCACCGUCUCGGCGAUAAGGUACAAAAUUGAAAAUCUUACCAUUCAUAAAUUUCCUUUUGCCGAACCGUAUUCAACACCGACGCCAACUCGUCGCGUUGUUGUAGAUUUGGGUGAUCCGGAAGAUGAGGAUCUUAAUGAAAGUAAUCAUUCCCAAAACAAAGGUAAACAUCAAAGUUUACCAAACAAAAGUCCCGGAUCACCAAUCAUCGAUCGCCAGAAAAUGUAUGAAGAAUUGGUUAAACGUUACUCACCACAACAUAAGCCUAUUAAUUGGACUUUACCUCCAACACGGCCGAAGGUCGUGGGUUCUCUUGAGAAAUCCACUUCCAGUACAGCCGAUAGCAUUGAUACGACGGAUAAAAAAGAUUCCGAAAUUAAUAAUGCCGAGUCUGACGAAGUGUUUGAGUCAAAAGAGAACAAUAAAAAUGAAAUACAAGAAAUUAAAGACAAAAAUGAUAAUAUAGAACAGAAACCUGUCAAUGAAAUUAAACCAAAUGUCGAAAUUUUGCAUAACGGCCCCGAACUUAGUGAAACAGAAAAUGAAAUAGAUACAACAGAGAAUAAUAAAAAGACCAUAGAUUCAAGGAAUUCCUUAGAAUUAGAGGAAAACGACCACGUCCCUGAAUUGUCAACAAUAAAACGACAGUUCAGUAGGGACUCUGCCACUAAGCCGACUAACGAUAAGUUUGUCGAUCUCACCAUUCCAGGGUUGAUAGAAAAAAUGACUGCAGAAGCGGAAAAAAUUGAAAAUCAUAAAGCUGAAGGUAAGAAAAUUAAAAGGAAGAGAAGUUUCUUAGACAAAUUGUUGGGUCGCAAUAAAGGAGUGAAAAGUGAAAAAUGAGUUAGUUACCUAUUUAAUAUGCAAAAACAAUUCUGCCAAAGAUUGUAAUUUAUCUAGGUAAUUACGAUAUAACCUAAAUGACCUUCAAUUUCCUUUACCAUAAACGUUGUAACUGAACUCUGACAUUUACAAGCAUUUUGGUAGACAUUUUCAUAAUUUAUGUAUAAGUUGUCAAUUUAAUUUUUUUUUUAACUUAUUAAUGACUUUCAAAAUUUAGUUAUAAUAUCAUUCGAAUUGGGUCCGGUUUCACGACGACAACGACGUCAUCAGUUCUUAUCUGUCGAUAAAAAGAAUUAAUUAAACCUAAAAGUUAUAUGUUUGUACUCAAUUACUGUUACGAAGCAAGCCGAACAUUCGCUAUCAUAAUGCAGGGUUAUCACUGAUAAAUCCGGGAUUCCACGUGACUAUAAACUGACUCCGUAUCUUCAAAUAGUUGUAAGGAUUUGAUAUAAUGUGUACUAUAUUUUACAAACAAGUUACCUUUUUCCUUUAUGUAUAAUGUUUAGGGACGCUGAGAGCUAUUUAUAUUAAUGAUCCGUUGUAUAUUUCCUUCAAAUGAAUCAUGUUUGUGGUGUGAUAAUGGUGGCUAUGUAAUGUUGGUGCAAACGGAAAAUUCUUUCUAUUGUUACAUACAUAAUUUAGUGUCAAAAAGUAUUAUGUAUUUUUCUAAAGUUUCAUAUUACCCUGGUUUUAACAGAUUUAUAAAUAAUUGAUGUGAGAUGUUAUUUUUUUAUAAAUAAAUGUUAUUAAAAAU